CAACAUGGCGGAGCGUGAGGCGGGGGAGCCCGGCCCCCAAAAACGGGUCUGGUGAUAUGAGAUAGCUGGAAAAAUAAGUCUUUUUCAAGAAGUUCUCAAAAUACACUUUCAGCAAGUCAGAAAAAAGGUUGUACCUAUGUGGAAACAUACUCUCAAGUAGCUGUGUUUUUUUAAACUGCAUGCGCCCUCCAAAUUUUAGCUCACAGAUUAUUUCUGUUUGAGGUCUUCUCAUCAGUGCCUAUAGGAAGCACAAAAGAAACAAAUGAAAGCCGAACACAAAAACUGCAUUUAUUAUGCCUGAUUUGCAACCAUUUUCCUAAAAAAAAUUAUUCAUGAAAACUUUUGAACAGAAGGCUGGUACAGUUUUUGAUGAAAUCACAGAGAAAUGUGGUGAGAUCAUGGAUAUGGAAAUGUCUGAAGAUACAGACCACAAUUUAACCCCUGGUCUUGACAGUAUGUCUUAUGCAAUGCAGAAUCAAACGGGAUCUGAAAAUUCACUUUUGGAUGAAGAUGAUUAUUUUCUGAACUCUGGGGAUCUUGCCGGGAUUCCAGUUGUUGGGAGUGACAAUGAGGAUGAACACAAUUUUAGCACAAAGGACAAUCUCCCUUCCACAAUUCAUGCUGAUGACAGUUUGGGAGCAGAGAGAAGAGGCACAGAACCUGAGUCAGACAGUGAAAAAGAAAUACAGAUACAAAAUAAAGUAAAAAAGGACCUUCCUAAACAGUUUGAUCAGGGCUCUGUAUUUAAAUCAAUUCGUAAAGAUUUUAGUUUAGCAAGAGAGAACAGUAAAGAGACAUUUUCAGGAAAGGAGAAAAAUAGAGAAAUUCCUUUUCAAGAACGUGAAAAACGGUUGGAUAAGCCCCACAAGGAGUUGGAUUCAAGGUUGAAAAGCAGUUACUUUGAUAAAGCAGUAACUAGUCAAGUGGAAGAAACGAUACGAACCCAGUUACCACAAACCCCAGAAACAAACUUCAGGGAGUCUAGCUAUCCAUUUACUGGUAAGGAGUCCAUUGGUCAGGAACUGGGCAAUUCCUUUGCAUCAAAUAUUAGAAUUAAAGAAGAACCUUUGGAUGAUGAAUAUGAUAAAGCAAUGGCACCACAACAGGGGCUGCUAGACAAAAUUAAAGAUGAACCUGACAAUGCUCAGGAGUAUGGUCAUGGUCAGCAGUCAAAAACUCAAGACGGGGAACUGAAAAUUAGUGCUGUUUUUUCUGUCAGUGGUAGUCCUCUUGCUCCCCAGUUGACAACAGGUUUUCAGCCUUCGCUAGCAUCUUCUGGCAUGAAUAAAAUGCUUCCUUCAGUUCCAACAACAGCUGUUCGAGUUUCCUGUUCUGGCUGUAAAAAAAUUCUUCAAAAGGGACAAACCGCAUAUCAGAGGAAGGGGUCUACUCAGCUAUUCUGCUCAACACUGUGCCUCACUGGAUACACAGUUCCACCUGCCCGUCCAACACUUUCUUCCAAGAAAAUCUGCUCAAGCUGCUCAAAAGACAUAUUAAAUCCAAAGGAUGUGAUCACUGCUCAGUUUGACAACACGAGCUCUAGCAAAGAUUUUUGCAGCCAAUCAUGUUUGUCUAUGUAUGAGCUGAAAAGAAAGCCCGUUGUCACCAUCCAUACUAAUAGCAUCUCAACGAAGUGCAGUAUGUGCCAGAAGAAUGCAGUUAUUCGGCAUGAAGUUAAUUACCAGAACGUGGUACAUAAACUCUGCAGCGAUGCCUGCUUCUCCAAGUUCCGCUCUGCUAACAACCUCACUAUGAACUGUUGUGAGAACUGUGGGGGUUACUGUUACAGUGGCUCUGGCCAGUGUCACAUGCUUCAAAUAGAGGGACAAUCUAAGAAGUUUUGUAGUUCAUCAUGUGUCACGGCAUACAAGCAGGUACAUACCCAAACUUGCACCAAGAAAUCAGCAAAAAUUACUCCAUGUGCGCUUUGCAAAUCAUUGAGGUCUUCAGCUGAAAUGAUCGAGAACACGAAUAACUUGGGGAAAACAGAGCUUUUUUGCUCUGUUAAUUGUUUAUCCGCAUACAGAGUUAAGAUGGUUACUUCUGCAGGUGUCCAAGUUCAGUGUAACAGCUGUAAAACCUCAGCGGUCCCUCAGUACCACCUGGCUAUGUCAGAUGGAAGUAUACGUAACUUCUGCAGCUACAGCUGUGUAAUUGCUUUCCAGAACUUGUUCAACAAGCCGACAGGAAUGAAUUCCUCCGUCGUACCCCUGUCUCAGGGUCAAGUCAUCGUAAGCAUUCCCACGGGGACAACAGUAACAGCAGCAGGGGGAACGACCUCUGCCGUCUCCCCCAGCUCCGUGAGUAGCUCAGCUGCAGCUGGCCUCCAGCGACUUGCCGCCCAGUCCCAGCAGGUGACUUUUGCCCGGACUGUUGUGAAGCUCAAGUGCCAGCACUGUAACCGCCUGUUUGCCACAAAACCUGAACUUCUUGACUACAAGGGCAAAAUGUUUCAGUUUUGUGGAAAGACAUGUUGUGAUGAAUAUAAGAAGAUAAAUAGCGUCAUGGCGAUGUGUGAAUACUGUAAAAUUGAAAAGAUUAUAAAGGAGACCGUGCGAUUCUCAGGAGUUGACAAGCCAUUCUGUAGUGAAGGUUGCAAACUGCUCUAUAAACAUGACUUGGCGAAACGCUGGGGAAACCACUGUAAAAUGUGCAGUUACUGUUUACAGACAUCCCCCAAACUGGUACAGAAUCAUUUUGGGGGAAAGAUGGAAGAGUUCUGCUGUGAGGAGUGCAUGUCCAAAUUUACGGUUUUGUUCUAUCAGAUGGCCAAGUGUGACGGUUGUAAACGGCAGGGCAAACUCAGUGAGUCAAUGAAAUGGCGAGGAGAGAUCAAACAUUUUUGUAAUCUGCUAUGUAUAUUGAUGUUCUGUAAUCAGCAAAGUAUGUCUGACCCUCCUCCACCUCAAAACAAUGCAGUAAAUGUUUCCAUGGUGCCAGCUGCUUCAACAGGCCCCCCUUCUUCUCUAAGGAAAGAUUCAACUCCAGUCAUAGCCAAUGUGGUAUCACUGGCUAGUGCUCCUGCUGCCCAGCCAACGGUUAAUUCUAACAACGUUUUACAAGGUGCUGUUCCUACUGUAACUGCAAAGAUCAUUGGCGAUGCAAGUACGCAGACAGAUGCUCUGAAACUUCCACCCUCCCAACCUCCCCGGCUUUUAAAGAACAAAGCAUUAUUGUGCAAGCCCAUCACCCAAACCAAGGCCACUUCUUGCAAACCACAUACACAAAACAAGGAAUGUCAAACAGAAGAUACUCCAGUUCAGCCACAAAUGCUUGUGGUUCCGAUUCCCGUGCCUGUGUUUGUACCUGUACCCCUACACCUUUAUACCCAGUAUGCACCAAUCCCAUUUGGGAUUCCACUUCCUAUGCCCGUUCCCAUGCUUAUCCCAACAACAUUGGACAAUGCAGAGAAGAUCAUUGAAACUAUCCAGGACAUCAAGGAAAAGAUUCCCACAAAUCCAUUUGAAGCGGACAUCAUUCAGAUGGCAGAAAUGAUUGCAGAAGAUGAAGAAAAAGAAAAAACCCUGUCCCAUGGAGGAUCCCAAACAUCUGAGCAGGAGCUCUUCCUUGACCCGAAGAUUUUUGAAAAAGACCAAGGCAGCACUUACAGUGGUGAUCUAGAGUCAGAGGCAGUAUCCACUCCACACAGCUGGGAAGAGGAGCUGAAUCAUUACGCUUUACGAUCAAAUGCCAUGCAGGAGGCAGAUCCAGAAUUGAAGCAGUUCUCCAAAGGGGACAAAGAACAGGACCUAGAAGCAGAUUUUCCAACAGAAAGCUUUGACCCAAUCACUAAGGGUCUAGGAAUCCACUCCCGCUCACGUGCUAGGCGGCGACACCGAGAUGGCUUCCCACAACCCAAACGACGAGGAAGGAAGAAGUCGAUAGUGUCUGUGGAGCCCAGGAAUCUCAUUCAGGGAGCGUUUCCAGGCUGCUCAGUAUCCGGGAUGACGUUGAAGUAUAUGUACGGGGUCAAUGCCUGGAAGAACUGGGUUCAGUGGAAAAAUGCCCAAGAAGAGCAAGGGGAGCUGAAAUUUGGAGCUCGCCCUGUGAAGCUCAAGGAAGAUAUUCUUUCUUGCACAUAUGCUGAGUUAAGCUUGGGUUUAUGCCAGUUUAUCCAAGAGGUGCGGAGGCCAAAUGGUGAAAAAUACGAUCCAGACAGCAUCUUGUACUUGUGCCUUGGAAUUCAGCAGUACCUGUUUGAGAACGGUAGAAUAGAUAACAUUUUUACCGAGCCAUAUUCCAGGUUUAUGAUUGAACUUACAAAACUCUUGAAAAUAUGGGAGCCUACAAUACUUCCUAAUGGUUACAUGUUCUCACGGAUCGAGGAGGAGCACUUAUGGGAGUGUAAACAGCUGGGUGCCUACUCCCCGAUAGUCCUCUUGAACACCCUUCUGUUUUUCAACACCAAAUAUUUUCAACUAAAGAAUGUCACUGAGCACCUGAAGCUUUCCUUUGCCCAUGUGAUGAGGCGUACUAGGACUCUGAAGUACAAUACCAAGAUGACAUAUUUGAGGUUUUUCCCACCGUUCCAAAAGCAGGAAGUAGAAACUGAUAAAUUAUCCGUGGGCAAAAGGAAACGCAGUGAGGACGAAGAGGUUCCCACAGCCGUAGAAAUGGCCGAGAACACUGAUAACCCACUACGGUGCCCAGUUCGGCUUUAUGAAUUUUACUUGUCGAAGUGUUCUGAAAGCGUGAAGCAGAGGACUGAUGUGUUUUACCUCCAGCCGGAGCUCUCCUGUGUCCCGAACAGCCCCAUGUGGUACUCUACUUUACCGAUAGACCCGGGAACGCUGGACACCAUGUUAACACGCAUCCUCUUGGUGAGGGAGGUGCACGAAGAACUUGCCAAAGUCAAAUCCGAGGACUCCGACGUCGAGUUAUCAGAUUAAAACUGCAGUGGGGUUUUAUUUUCAUACGCAUUUGCAAGCACCAAACUGUGAAAGCGGCCCGCCUCCGGCCAUCAGACAAGCCAAGUUCUCUCGACUUCAAACCGAAAAGAAUAAAAACAAAACAAAAAAACCCGGAAAAGCAAAGGAAAAAAAGGCAUCUUGUGAAACACGGUGGAUUUAUAAACUGAAAUCGAAGGAAGCAACACGUAAGCUGAGAGAAAUGAGGUCCUUUGACAGCGGACAGAUUCUUAAAGCAGACAAACUAAAGAUGAACUAACCUAAUUUCUCUGAGUGGUGCAUAAUCUUAUUUUGUUUGGGAAUAACAAAUUGUGAAAUAUUUUUAAGGAAAACGUUGUAUAAAACUCUACCACAGUAACCGUAGACACCUUAGAGAGCUAGGCCUCGGCUCUUAGGACUUGGGAGCGCAAGCCCAGCCGCCGGGGAGACCCCAAGACGGUUCGGGGCCAAGGUUCAGGGGGAGAAACCCGCGGCGAUCUCAGAGCAAACACUGAGGCGUGACUGGGGGAUCUGAGGUCUCAGACCCUGCAUCAGCAGGGGUAGCAACAGGGUCAAGUAGGGGAUCUCGUCUUGGGCCUCCGCUGCCGUCUCAGCUUGGGAAGACGAAAACCUUUGACGCCUCUGCCACAGUCACUCAGGUGGUGGACCGAUGCCUUCACUGGUCUGUUCCCAGGCACAGGAACCCCUUCCUCCUGCCGUCCAGCCCGGAGGGCCCAGGACACGGCCCAAGCGAGGCAAACGAAGCCCCAAGAGCCCCGGCUAUUCGGAAGAGACGGCUUGGGGAACGGACCCAGCCCGAGCCUUAGGGGCCCGGGACGUGAGGAGGAAACCGCCUGCAGUCUCUACAGGCAAUUGCUGCUGUCACCCAAGCAGGCACUGCAGUCUGCGGAACUGUGAGGGGCUGGAAACGGAACUGUGGGGCUGGAAACGGCAGCUUUCCUUCCUCCCACUGUGUCCCCUCCCCCCUUCUCCCUCCCUCCCUCCCUCUCUCCUUCCCCCCCACCCGCCCCAAUUAAUUCUUCAUAUUUUGUUUUGUCUUCUCCCCCAGGUCUUUGGAGGCCCCUGUCUUUUCAAAAGGAACACCAUACGUACACCCCUUCCCUUCUUUCCUUUCCUAUCUCAUAUCCUUCGUCUGUUUCCUCCCCACCCCUUGUUCUGUCCACCCUGAAACCACGUGCAAAGUCGCACAAAGACACAGUAUUACUUUUGCUCUCAGAACAGGUGGGGAAAACUCAUAAAUGUAUCAGAUUUAGACAGGUGCUCAACAUUUGGAAGAAGGCCUUUCAUCCUGGCCCCUCUGCCAAGAAAGCGGGCCACCAGGACCCAAGCUAAUGCCUGUCUUGUAAGAAUCCGUAUCCAGGUCUUCUCGCGUCAUUAUUCAGACUUCAGAUGCACUCUUCAGGAGGAUAUCUAAAUCGCGGACUUUUGAAAGGAGCAACGGUCGUAAGUUGUGAGAAAUCCUGAGGGCCAGUCACGCAGCUUCUUUAAGUCGGGCUUAACUGGACCCCAGGAUGGGAAUAUCAGAAGUUCUGAAUACCACUCAGAAAUUUAACAACUUUGAAAAACAACAACUCCUUUUGUGGUUUUUUUUUUUUUUUUAAGCAGUAACUAAAGGUCAUUGAACUAUAAUAAAAAAUCAGAAAGUAGCCUUUUUGACAUUGUGUACUUAGUAGUUCUGUUCCUCUGCCUGUAACAGGUUUCACUGAUGUAUUUUUUAAUACCAAGAACUGUGUGAAAGAAGUAAAUCUGCCCCUGAUUCCAUAUGA